GGGAGGGCACGGGGGGAGGGAGGCAAAGCUUUGAUUGAUAGCAGCUUUGACCAAUAGACGAGGGGAGCGGCGGGGUUUUAGCCAAUAGCUUCGCUGCGAGGCGAGCGGUGAGCCAAUGGCGAUGGUGGGGGGCGGGGCGCACCGCUGGCUGAUUGAUCCCAGCUCUGGCGUUGUUCAGUCGGAGCGAGAACAUUCUAGAGAUAGCCCGGCACCGCUCUCCCUGGUGAUACCGCCCGCCCCAGGACGCCGGGACCCGGAGGCUGCGGCGUCCGCCUCCGCCUCCCUCUCCGUCUGGAUAUAAGCGCCCCCUCGGCCCUGUUCUCCUCUCACAAUCGGCUUCGUCGCAGCCCGGGGCGAGCAGCGUUGGGUUUAUGUCUUUAUUGGACGAAAACGAGCUGUUGCGCAGCCACUGGUACCUGUAUUGGGGAAACAUAGCGUACAAGCAAGAACCUUACAGCCUCAGUGGCGAAAAUUUUUUCAUGUCAGAGACCGAGAACUCUUGCAGUCGUUUAUGUCAUCCCGUCUUCUCCAGACAGAAGAUACCAAAAAACUGCAAUCAAAGAUCUCUUCAUCUUAUUGAUAAAGCUACUAAUAAGGCAAAAUGUCUGUCAACGUCAACCGCAGUGUUUCAGAUCAGUUCUAUCGCUACAAAAUGCCCCGUCUGAUUGCCAAGGUGGAGGGCAAAGGAAAUGGAAUCAAGACAGUUAUAGUCAACAUGGUUGACGUUGCAAAGGCGCUUAAUCGGCCUCCAACGUAUCCUACCAAAUUUUUUGGUUGUGAGCUGGGAGCACAGACCCAGUUUGAUGUUAAGAAUGACCGUUACAUUGUCAAUGGAUCUCAUGAGGCGAAUAAGCUGCAAGACAUGUUGGAUGGAUUCAUUAAAAAAUUUGUUCUCUGUCCUGAGUGUGAGAAUCCUGAAACUGAUCUGCAUGUCAAUCCUAAGAAACAAACUAUAGGUAACUCUUGCAAAGCCUGUGGCUAUCGAGGCAUGCUUGACACAAACCAUAAACUCUGCACGUUCAUUCUCAAAAACCCACCUGAAAGUGGUGACACUGGUACAGGAAAGAAAGAAAAGGAGAAGAAGAACAGAAAAGGCAAGGACAAAGAGAAUGGUUCUGUGUCCAGCAAUGAGACACUUCCACCCCCACCACCAGAGGAGAUUACUCCUCCACAGGUUGUGGAGGAGGAGGAUGAUGAUGACUGGGGUGAGGACACAACAGAAGAAGCCCAGAGGCGUAGAAUGGAUGAAAUCAGUGACCAUGCGAAGAACCUCACACUUAGUGAAGACCUGGAAAGAACUGUAGAAGAGAGAGUCAACUUACUAUUUGAUUUUGUAAAGAAAAAGAAGGAAGAAGGUGUCAUCGAUACUUCUGACAAAGACAUUGUAGCAGAAGCAGAGAGACUGGAUGUAAAGGCUAUGGGCCCGCUUGUGCUCACUGAAGUCCUUUUUGACGAAAAGAUUCGUGAACAAAUCAGGAAAUACAGACGUCACUUCCUUCGUUUCUGCCACAACAACAAGAAAGCUCAGAGGUACCUUCUCCAUGGCUUCGAGUGUGUGGUAGCUAUGCAUCAGUCUCAGCUUAUUUCAAAAAUACCACAUAUUUUGAAGGAAAUGUAUGAUGCAGAUCUUCUGGAAGAAGAAGUCAUCCUUGGCUGGGCAGAAAAGGCCUCAAAGAAAUACGUUUCAAAGGAACUUGCCAAAGAAAUCCGUGUCAAAGCAGAACCAUUUAUUAAAUGGCUGAAGGAAGCUGAAGAAGAAUCUUCCGGUAAUGAAGAAGAGGAUGAAGAUGAAAACAUAGAGGUGGUGUACUCCACAACUGCCAGUGUACCUAAAGUUGAAACUGUGAAGCCUGCAAACAAUAAAGAUGAUGAUAUCGAUAUUGAUGCCAUUUAAAGUGAUGCAAAAUAGCUUCCAGCAUAGUAAUGCAAACUUCUCUGCGUUUUCUGCCAGAAGUGUGACUUGUAUGUGCACAAGCUGAAAUGGCUUAACAUCCUGCUACUUUGUACUCUAAAAUGUAUCUUUUUACUGUGACUGGUCUUGUGUAACUAAGCCUAAUACCAAGGAGUCAGCACGUCGGUGAACUGAUCUAGUUUGCAACUGGCAUGUUCUAUUUUGUUUUUCUAACUUGUGUUGGACACAUACUUGGAGCACAUUUAUACAGUUGUGGAAAUAAAGGAUUUGGUUUUGGUCAAUCUUCA